CCUCAAAAAAGAUGAAAAAGUCUUUGGAAUUGAUCAACUCUAGGCUCUAGCUUGUUAUGAAAAGUGGAAAGUAUAUACUGGGGUAUAAGCAGACUCUGAAGAUGAUCAGACAGGGCAAAGCAAAAUUGGUCAUCCUUGCCAUCAAUUGCCCAGAUUUGAGGAAAUCUGAAAUAGAGUUCUAUGCUAUGUUGGCCAAAACUGGUGUCCAUCACUACAGUGGCAAUAAUAUUGAAUUGGGCACAGCAUGCAGAAAAUACUACAGAGUGAGCACAUUGAUCCAGUUGAUUCUGAUAUAAUUAGAAGCAUUCCAGAACAGACUGGUGAAAAGUAAAACAUGAAAAAUUUUUCUUUAAUAAAACUUGGCAGAACUUGUUUAAAAAAAAAGAAUGAAGGAAAAUAAUUAAAACAAAUAGAAAUGAGCAGGGAUGGACUUUUAAAACAUUACAUACUAUGUGAAAGAAGCCAGUCAUAAAAGACUAAAAAUGUUGUCAUUUAAUUUAUGCAAAAUGUCUAGAAUAAGCAAAUUCAUAGAGAGAAAAUGUAGAUUAGAGUUUGCCUACAGCUGGGUGGAGUGAAUAAAAUAGAGAGUCACUGCUAAAAGAAAUGUGGUUUCCUGUUGGGGUGAUAAAAAUUCUAUAAUUGAUAGCUAUAUGACUGCACAACUCCAUGAAUAUACUCAAAAUCAUUUAGUUGUACAUUUCAAGUGGGUGGAUGGUAUGAUAUAUGAAUUGUAUCUUUCCUCACCAUCCUGUGAAAGAACUGACUUACUAUACACUGAAGAGAGAAAUCAAAAC